GUUGUUGAUGGCGGAAGGUAUUGCAAGGAGGGAAAAAGAAGGGAGAGGAAGAAAGGAACACCAACUGAAAAUAUUAUUUUUUAGUGGAAAGGGCGUGAAAAUCAGUCUUAAAAAAUUAGAAACAGUCAGAAAAAUGGGGAGAUGUUUGGAGCUAAAACGAAGGGAAUUAGAGGAGUAAAAUUGCUUCCUCUUCCUAUGAGUUGGGGGUUGAUUGGGCGCAAAAAUGAUCGGAAACUUAAUAUAAAAGUACCAGAUAGAAUCUGAUAUUCUUAGAGGGUAUCACAGAGAGUAAUGAUAGGUGUCAGUAAUCCAGGGAGGAUGAAACGUAAGGAAAUGUCAUGUACACGCAUCAGAUAACUUCUGAGAUUAUUAGAGGGUAGUGCAAGGUACCAUUAAUCCAUGAGGGGUAAUGCAAAAUCAAGGAAGUUAGAUGUCUUGAGUAUGUCAGUUCCACCUUUAUUCCUUCAUCUUC